UUGCGGUACAUGACAGGAGACAACCAGGCGACGUUGCGGUACAUGACAGGAGACAACCAGGCGACGUUGCGGUACAUGACAGGAGACAACCAGGCGACGUUGCGGUACAUGACAGGAGACAACCAGGCGACGUUGCGGUACAUGACAGGAGACAACCAGGCGACGUUGCGGUACAUGACAGGAGACAACCAGGCGACGUUGCGGUACAUGACAGGAGACAACCAGGCGACGUUGCGACACAUGACAGGAGACAACCAGGCGACGUUGCGGCACAUGACAGGAGACAACCAGGCGACGUUGCGGCACAUGACAGGAGACAACCAGGCGACGUUGCGGCACAUGACAGGAGACAACCAGGCGACGUUGCGGCACAUGACAGGAGACAACCAGGCGACGUUGCGGCACAUGACAGGAGACAACCAGGCGACGUUGCGGUACAUGACAGGAGAUAACCAGGCGACGUUGCGGUACAUGACAGGAGACAACCAGGUGACGCUGCGGUACAUGACAGGAGACAACCAGGCGACGUUGCGGUACAUGACAGGAGACAACCAGGUGACGUUGCGGUACAUGACAGGACAACCAGGCGACUGAGGUACAUGACAGGAGACAACCAGGCAACUGAGGUACACGGGGAGCCAGAGAUGUACAGAUACUUAUAGACUUUUAAUAUGGAUCCAUGUAGGUAAACAAUGAAGAUCUCAUCCCCGUCCUCUACCCCCCGUCAAUCCCCCUCACAUUUCCAAUUAGCAACAUAAAGAUACUUGUAGAUAAAAUUACUUUCAAGUAGAUUAAAAAAAAUAAUAAUAAUAAUUAAAAUAAGUUUUACUUUGACUAUAAAGAAGUUGGACAGACAGUGAAGAUAUUGUGGUAAUUCUCCUCCUUCACCCUCCUGGGGUCUAAUUCUUCUCCUUCACCCUCCUGGGGUCUAAUUCUUCUCCUUCACCCUCCUGGGGUCUAAUUCUUCUCCUUCACCCUCCUGGGGUUUAAUUCUCCUCCUUCACCCUCCUGGGGUCUAAUUCUCCUCCUUCACCCUCCUGGGGUUUAAUUCUCCUCCUUCACCCUCCUGGGGUUUAAUUCUCCUCCUUCACCCUCCUGGGGUUUAAUUCUCCUCCUUCACCCUCCUGGGGUUUAAUUAUCCUCCUUCACCCUCCUGGGGUUUAAUUCUCCUCCUUCACCCUCCUGGGGUUUAAUUCUCCUCCUUCACCCUCCGGGGGUCUAAUUCUCCUCCUUCACCCUCCUGGGGUCUAAUUCUCCUCCUUCACCCUCCUGGGGUCUAAUGCUUCUCCUUCACCCUCCUGGGGUCUAAUUCUUCUCCUUCACCCUCCUGGGGUCUAAUUCUCCUCCU